AUGGGUGUUGUCGACAACAUCAAGGCCGAUAACAAGGCUUUGAACAAGUCCUAUGAUAGCUUUGCCUACCAGUUGCUCCUUAGCGAUAUUUACUACUACCCAUGCCGCUUGUUCAUUGCCCCCUUGAGCACUCCCUCCCUGUGUACCUUGGACAACCUCUACACUGUCCAAACACCAGUGCACAAUGUCCCCGACCACGGCAACACCUUCAUCUAUCGUAUCGAUGCCGCCAACUUCCGUCCAAGCCCCCAUAUUGAACAAAGUGUAUUCAAGGGUACUCGUUUGCAGCCAGAGAAGGACCCAUUGACCAAGUGCCAUGGUACUCUCCUUUCAGUCAAGCCAGCUCUCCACAUCAAGUUUGCCAAGAAGUGCUUUGUGCGUGUGCGUGUCUAUGGACAAUAUGCCAAGUCCGACAGCUACAAGAUGAAUGUGCAGUAUGAGAAGCCAAAGGAGGACGAUAUGAUUCUAAGUGGAACGAUGAGUCAACAGGAGCGUAUUACUCCCAAGGGAGUAGUAGUUGACACCAUCCUGGAGGUGUUGAACACAACAUCCUUCAUGCCACAGUUUAUCGAUAACGACUCUGUAGUGUGUGGUUACUUGUUGGAGAAGCAGUCCAAUGUUUCGGAGAUCUUCCUCACUCUCUCUAUAGAGAGAAAGAGAGAAGGAGAGAGCAGCGAUAGUAUGGUAUUCCUAUGCGACAUUAGGAAGGAGAUAUCAGAGUAUUGUCUCGAUUGUAUGAAGUACGUAUGCUUAGAGUACACUUCAUGUUGCCUGUAUUGUGGACAGCCUUGGAAGUACUAUCAUCCGUAUCGUGGCCUCAGUGACUGUGAGAUCUACCAGAACUGUGUGCACUGUGGCUUCUUGGACAAUGCACCUUGCUAUGGGGACCGCAAACCAGAGCAUAUAUGCGAUAGCGAUCUCUGUAUAAUGAACAAAGGAAAGAAUCCUGAGUUUGUACAGAGGUGCCUUAAAGCUUGGAGUUUGUUCGAAGAACAGUAUGCUGAGCACAAGAGACUACACAAUGUGGCUAGACAACAGAAGCUCAUCAAGGAGGACACUGAACAAGCUGAAUCAUUCAUGGCUCAAACAUCGCUGACUGCUGUCCUUCUCAAGCAGACUCCAACGCAAGUGUUGAAACUGCUUCUAGCUCAAAUCAACAAAGUGGCUGCAUCCAAUCGCACAUAUAACUUUGAUGCGAUCCAAAGGUACAUCAACAUGAAUACAUGA